CUGGCCGCCUGACCAUGUCACAUUUUCGGAACUCUGCGCCUUGUCGAAAAUAGCGGCUAGAAACCUAGCAAAAGCCCUACAUGUCGAAUCAAAAGAUGUCGGCUCGCCCACAAUCGGGUUAUUAUGCGCCAGUAGUCUCAACUUCGUCUCAGCAUGGCUAGGACUCAUGAGACUAGGGUGUAAACCAUUUCUUCUAGCGUAAGGACCCUUUAACUUUUUGAUAUUCCCAAUACGUUUCUUAUAGGCUCAUUCUUACUCGCAGUCCUCAGCUUGAUCCUCAAGCAGUAGAACAUCUCUGCAAGAGUUCCGGCAUGAGAACGAUUCUUGUAGACGAUGUGCAAGAAAAGCGGGGCCCUAAAUUUAAAGGGGACAUCAACAUGAUCAAGAUACCAUCGUUUCAGGAAGCGCAUUGCCUAAAUGAUGAUUAUCUUGAUCUAAAUGCCGAUAAAUACCAAGAAUCCGAUAUAGCGUACUUUCUUCACUCGUCGGGGACUUCAUCCGGUAUACCGAAACCACUACCGCAGACUCAAUGGGGGGCAGUGGGUUGUCUGCCAUACUUUCCACAUAAGAACCAACCUGCGACAUUUACUACCACGCCUUUAUACCAUGGCGGCCUCGCCGAUUGCUUUAGAGCUUGGACCAGUGGAGCCAUGAUUUGGUUUUUCCCUGAAGGCGUUGCGCCUAUUACUGGUGUCAAUGUUAUCCGCUCGGUAGUCCAGGCCCGGAAGAUAAGCGCAGUCCCCGUGAAGUAUUUCUCGUCUGUGCCUUACGUUCUCCAACUGUUAUCCGAAGAGGAAGAGGGAAUUCGCAUGCUCCAGAGCAUGGAUUUAGUCGGAGUCGGUGGUGCUGCUUUGGCUCCUUCGGUCGGUGAUAAUCUGGUGGAGCAGGGAAUCAAUCUUGUAUCGCGAAUGGGAAGUGCCGAAUGCGGAUUUCUUAUGUCUUCGCAUCGUGACUAUGUCCAUGAUAAAGAAUGGCAAUAUCUCCGGCCGAUCGAUGAUUCUGGGCUUCUAUCGUUUGAACCGAAAGAGGACGGCUUGUCAGAGCUUGUGGUGAUGCCACCUUGGCCGCUUAUAACGAUAACAAAUCGUAAUGAUGGUUCAUAUGCUACGUCCGACCUAUUCGAACCGCACCCCUCAUUACCAAAUGCCUGGCGAUAUCAUAGUCGAGCAGACGCUCAGAUCACUCUGGCAAAUGGUAAAAAGUUCGAUCCUUCUCCGCUUGAAGAGUCUAUAAAAGCCUCAACUCAACUCAUACGCGAUGUUCUCAUCUUUGGUGCAGGUAGAGACUAUGUGGGUGCUCUAUUAUUCAAGGCAUCAAAGGACUCUUUGGAUGAAGAUGUUGUCGAAGCAGUUUGGCCAGAAGUAUGCAAGUUGAACAAGGAAUCACAAGGCCACUCUCGUUUAACGAGAUCAAUGUUGAUUACCAUAGGGUCGAAAGAAGAUCCCCUAGCAAAGAGCAGCAAGGGAUCCAUACUGAGACGCCAAGCCGAGGCCCGGUAUGCCGACGUGAUCGAGAGAUCCUACGCAAGUGGGGGAACUGCUUCUAUAAAUAAUGAGAUCGUUUCGGAUGCAGAUCUCGGCUCCUUCAUUCUGGACUUAUUUACCCAAGUUCUAGGUCAUGAAAUCGACCCUCGUAGGGAUGUUUUCCAGCAAGGAGUGGAUUCAAUAGCGUGCAUUCAGAUAAGAAAGCUCAUCGAGUCUAACAUCUUUCCCGAGAAAUCUCCGAAGCUACCCCUGAAUGUCAUCUAUGAUAAUGGGAAUGUUAUUACAUUGGUCGACGACUUGAUCCGAAUCCGCAACGGCAACGGUGUUUGCUAUUCAAACAGCGAGGUCGACGAGCUAGAACUGAUGAACCAACUCGCUGAUAAAUACAGCGAGUUUGGAGCAUGCAAUAUCAAUUCACAUAAGAAAGAUGGUGAAGUUGUUGUCCUCACGGGUGCUACGGGACUACUUGGGGUACAUAUCCUGUCUGUAUUAUGUAACGAUACUAAAGUCCGAAAGGUGUACUGUCUGCUUCGUAGUCAGACAAAACAAUCUGCCCAAGAGCGGGUAUUGAAGGCGUUAUCAGAUCGUCAAUUACCGAGGCCCCAUGAUCUAGACGUAUCGCGAAUUGCCGAUGAAAAGGUUGUCUGCCUUCCUUGCCAUCUUACUGAAACACAUCUCGGCCUCCCUGACCAAAAAUGGACACACAUCGUGACCGAAGCUACGGUUUUCAUCCAUGCGGCUUGGUCGGUUAACUUCAGCCUCCGCCUUAGCUCCUUUGAAGACCUUAUUUCGGCGACACGGAACGUGGUCGAUAUGGCGGUGUCAAGUGGUGCACGCUGCUUUUUCAUUAGCUCUACAGCAGCAGUGGCUUCCGAUACAUCUGCCGUUAUCGCGGAGAAGACGUCUCUAAAUCCAUCUCAUGCUUCACCUCUGGGCUACUCAAGGUCGAAAUGGGUAGCUGAACGUGUUUGCGCUAGAGCUCGUGAGAGAUUAAUUAGGGAUAUGCCAACUAGCACUUUGAAGAGGCCGGAUAUCUCGGUCAUCCGCGUCGGCCAACUUUGUGGGAAUGAAGCUGGAGCAUGGAACGCAAGUGAAGCGUACCCGUUGAUGCUGUCGACUGCUGGUUUCACGAAGUGUCUGCCAGAACUACCAAAUGAAACUUUGAAUUGGUUACCGGUAGACCAAGCAGCAAAGAUAAUUCUGGAAAUUUCCUUGGCGGAACAUACCCUCGAGCCGCUAGCUAGCCCAGAGAUGUCCGUAUACCAUGUCCUAAGCCCUCACAAAUCACCAACAUGGAAUCAGCUGCUACAAUGGGUCUCAGAAACGUCAUGGGGCCCUUCGUUCCAAUCAGCUCAACCUGCAGAAUGGCUGCAGCGACUAGAGUCAUCGCUUGGUAGUUCGCAAGCAAGGCAUCCGUCCCAAGCUCUAUUGGGACUGUGGAGACAGAGAUAUACUAAUGCGAGGAUCCCCUCCAACCAAAAGGACGAGUGCCGCUCUACCAACGCCCCAGAAUACCCCAUAUUUGAUAUCGUGUGCAGUUCGCGACUGUCGCAUACAAUGAGGAAUGUUAAACCUUUGGACCGUGAUAGGGUUGUAAAGAUGUGGAAUUGGAUCCAUGGGAAUACGGGAGUGAAGUCCCCCUUUUCGCAUUCAUGAGGUUGAGUACGGAUUCACGUUAACAAAAAUUUGAAUCUGAUUUGUACAGACAUCUAAUUUUUAGAGGGAAUCCCAGCGAAAGGAAGAUAUUCUAGAGGAACUAGCUAGGCUACCCAGUUGUUGUAGAAAGCCUAGUUAUUAAUAUACCUAGUUUGGUGAUUA